GCCUCUAGUUCUACGGAAUAUCCAUGGCAAACAGAGUUGCAGAUAACUCAUGACCGCAGGAAAAUUAACGACAUUCUAGAGCGCAGAGGUGCAGAGAUUCGAAAUUUCUACGAGCAGAGCCAGAAUUCAGGUACUGCCUGUUCAACUGACGAGUUAUUUCAAGAUCGUGUUAGUUUUCUCUAGUUUAAAUCCCUAUUAUUAAAUGUAAAUACUUUUCAACGGCUGUUUCAAUGGAAUCACAGCUUCAUAAACUUGGUCCUUCUUAGAGAAAGAUGUUUUUAAGUCUUGUCACGAGCGUGAGGCAAAGAAAAAUUCUGAGACCCCAUGAGGAAUCGAACCUCAGAUCUUCGGAUUCCGCGCUCCGAUGCUCUACCGCUGAGCCACAGAGACUCCACGGUGAAAGAGGCUUAUUAAGAAGUUCAUAUGACACGCUUCCUGCUUGCUGCUAGGAUCAACAAUGUCGAUCCCGUAAUGUUUGGUCCUUCUUAUGUAUCAGGGCCUGGUUGUUUAUAGAGCGGACAAUGAUAUCCAAUGGGAAAUGGCUAUCUUAACAGAAAGUACUGCGCUAUCCACUGGAGGGUGUUAUCUUUUUCAUGAUGCGAAUGACAAAGAUGUCGAGGGAGCCCCAAAACACCAUAGCUUGAAAUUUUGUUUAUUCUGUAACUCCUUAGAGUGAUAAACAUCUAAUUUCUCCCAAAAGUUUCACCCCUGAAUCAACCAUUUAGGUCAUGAGAAUAAAGGAAAUGAUCACAGCCUAAAGAAGCUCUUGAUUGUUAGACAAAUUCUCCCUAUAAGUACCAUUUUAGAAAUGUAUAUAGAAAAUAGUAUGGAGAAUUUGCGUACUGACGUUAGGGUUUAAGGGUUAAUCUCUGUUUUGUUUGUUUGUUUAUCUUUUCACAGUAGAUGACUGCCACCUCCUUGAGAGAGAAUGGUUGGCCUUGGUAACAGAAAAAGAUAAGAACCUUUGCAAACAAAUUGAAGAGGUAAAUGAUGUGCUUUGGAAACCAAAUUCGUCUUGUAAUUCCCCUCUCCCACACCACACUACACCAUAGUUUUUUGAAGAACCUUACCCCUGUUAUUCAGUACUUUUCAUACUCUGCUUCUAGAUAUACUUAUAAGUAUCAGCCCUCGCAGUUAAUUUAUUACCAGUAUAACAUUUUGCCAAGAUUCGGAAAGAAUUAAUCAUCUUUUUUUAUUUGUUAUUUCACAUUUCUUUUGAAUUAGGAGAAUGAACAGGCUAAGAGAAAUCAAAUCAAGCAACUUCAUCAGGUUCUUGAAUCUCUUGGAACAUUUAACUUCAACAAACCAAAUGAAGCCAUUUUAAAGCGAAAUCUGGCGAAGAUGUACCAUCAAAUUGGCAAAUACUGCAGCAGGAAUAAGAUAGAUGUAACCAUGAAAGACAGCAGUAAUACUAUUACGUCCUCAGACAGUCCCGAUGAAAAUAUUCUUGUUGCCCCCCCUGCACCUCCACCCCCACCCCCUCCAAUACUGAUACCCCCUCCUCCUCCACCACCACCUCUGACCCCCCUUACAAGUAUCAAUGCUACACCACAAAAUGAUACUAAAAACCUUUCAAGGAAGAGAGGUGCCUUGACUGCAAGAAAUAUCUCAACAACCCCAUGUGAUCGAAGAAAUGAAGAACUUCUUAAAAAGAUAAGGGGUGGCUGUAGAUCAGAGCUACGACGAACAUCAUUUAAGCGUUCCCCUGGCGGUACACCAUUUAAAAGGCAGCGGCGUGUUUCUGAUAGCAAUGCCUCUGAUUUGAUAACUGUGGCUUUGAAGAAAAAAUUUCAAAAUGUAACUUUCCAAAGCCCCAGAGAAAAUGACUCUCCCAGAUCUUUCACAUCCUUUGAGGACUUGCAACAAAAUUAA